CUCACCUGCUGGCUUCACUGCAGGUCGCAGCUGGUGAGAAGCAUGCUCUGCAUUAACCCCCUGGAGAACCUGAAGCUGUACAUCAGCAGCCGGCCGCCCCUGGUGGUUUUCAUGAUCAGUGUCAGCGCCAUGGCCAUCGCUUUCCUCACCCUGGGCUAUUUCUUCAAGAUCAAGGAGAUUAAGUCCCCAGAAAUGGCUGAGGAUUGGAAUACUUUCCUGCUGCGGUUUAAUGACUUGGACUUGUGUGUAUCAGAAAACGAGACACUGAAGCAUCUCUCCAAUGACACCACGACCCCCGAGAGCACCAUGACCAUUGGGCAGGCCAGAUCGUCCACCCAGCCGCCCCAGUCCCUGGAGGAGUCAGGCCCUAUCAAUAUCUCAGUGGCCAUUACCUUGACCCUGGAUCCUCUCAGGCCCUUUGGAGGAUAUUCUCGAAAUGUUACACACCUGUACUCCACCAUUCUUGGCCAUCAGAUUGGACUCUCAGGCAGGGAAGCCCACGAGGAGGUCAACAUCACCUUUACUCUCCCCGCUGCCUGGAACGCUGAUGACUGUGCCCUCCAUGGCCACUGUGAGCAGGUGGUGUUCACAGCAUGCAUGACCCUCACAGCUGCCCCUGGAGUCUUCCCUGUCACUGUUCAGCCACCUCACUGUGUCCCCGACACAUACAGCAAUGCCACACUCUGGUACAAGAUCUUCACAACCGCCAGAGAUGCCAACACAAAAUAUGCUCAAGACUACAAUCCUUUCUGGUGUUACAAGGGUGCCAUCGGAAAAGUCUACCACGCUUUAAAUCCCAAACUCACCGUUAUUGUUCCAGAUGACGACCGCUCUUUAAUAAACCUGCACCUCAUGCACACCAGUUACUUCCUUUUUGUGAUGGUGAUAACGAUGUUUUGCUACGCAGUCAUCAAAGGCAGGCCCAGCAAAUUGCGUCAGAGCAAUCCUGAGUUUUGUCCUGAGAAGGUGGCUUUGGCUGAUGCCUAGUACCACAGCUCCCAUUUUCUGAGAGCCCGAGAGCCAUGAUCGUUGCCUGCUGAACGGCCCGAGCCUGGCCACUCUGUGAAUACACGAUCUUGCAAUGUUGGGUUAUUCCAGCCAAAGACAUUUCAAGUGCCUGUAACUGAUUUGUACAUAUUUAUAAACAUUGAUCUGGAAAUUGGUCCUGUGAUGCACGUGCUUUGCCCUGGAUGCAGCCUGGACCCGUCACCCUCAUUGGGGGGCAGGAGGGCACGGACAUGGGGUUCUCCCAUGUAGGGCCGGGGGGUGUGGUGGUCUUGCCGGAGCUGAGCAGGUCAUGUUCCAGCCCUAGUCGGGCAGAGGUUUGCUGUGGUCCUUGUGUCAGCCCGGCGAGUUCAGUGGUAGAAGCCAUUUGCACCUUUGUUAGGACACUGCAUUUCAGAAGCCACCAUUCCCUCUGUGGCUCUUACAUGUCUGUGGCUUACUGACCAUAGUAGCAGCAGUAAUACCUUUUCAGUUUGCUUGCAAAGAAACUUUUUUUUUUUU